UCCUUCUGGCUUUGAGAGCGUUGCUCCUGUAGAAGAGGAUCUGAACGGCAAGCUGAUGAACGAAGACAUACGUAUCCAUAGCUGGCCUUGUUCUUACUACUUGGACACCAGCAAACAAUGGGUCUCUGGCAGACUCUUGCUGACUCCUGUUGCCAUCAAAUUUACAGCUGACAAGACUGGGGAGCUUUUGGUCAACUUCCAUCUUUCUAGUAUCGGUGAGAUCAAGAAGGAAUCUUCAAAUUUAAUCUUCAGCUCCCUUACCAUCUUGGAGAAGAACACCAAGCACUGGUUCAGUUCUCUGCAACCCAACAGAAAUGUGGUCUUCAACAUCAUUGAGCACUUCUGGAGAGAGCAGUUGCUGUCUAGUCAAGGUGCAGGAGCAGAAGCAGCAGCUUUGCAGUCAACAAAGGGAAAAGAACUGACGGGGUUAUUGACUGGAUCGCAGAAACGACUGGAGGACACAGCAAAAGUGCUGCAUUACCAGGGCGAGCAGUUUGAUAAUAUCAUGAGAGGGCUCAACAAGAUCGAAGGGGAUAUGGAUGUAGCAGACAGGUUGUUGACUGAGCUCGAAUCUCCUUCUUGGUGGCCGUUUAGCAGCAAGCUCUGGAAAGCGCCCUUGGAAACCAAGCCAAAGGAAACUGCCACAGUUUCCGAUUCGAAGAACCAGGAAGGAAUCAUAAUUAGAAUUCCAGUUAUUAUCACCCACAGAACAGACUCAAAUGUCAAGCCAGGAAAACUCACGCUCUUUGCAUCUGGCCUGGAAAUCAGUGACUGCAAUUCUCAGGUCAUUCACCGGUUUGAAUCAAAGGAUGUGGAUGAUAUCAGAGUUCAUACGCCAUAUGAAAUCAGUGUCCGACAGAGAUUUAUUGGGAAGCCCGACACCUCUUACAGGCUUUUGUCAGCAAAGAUGCCAGAAGCAAUCCCCAUCUUGGAGAUGCAGUUUAGCAAGAAGAUGCAGUUUUUAGAAGAUGCCCUAGGAUUUGUUGGUGCCAGGAAGUCUCCGCAGGUAGAUUUGGGGACCUCCAUUUGGCAAGCAGCCACAGGACUUCUGGGAGGAGUGGCGCAGCCCAGCUCUCCGGUGGGAGGCAGAGAAGGGAUGGACAAUGACCAGGUUCAGCUGCAGACGCAAGAGAAGAUUUCCCAGGAAGAAGCAAAAGAGCUGAAACAGAGCUGGAACCCCUGAGCGGACUGCAGUUGUGAUUGGGUGCCUGAGUAAAGGACCUCGCCAGGACUUCAUGGAGGGACGUUUACGUUAAAAAAAAUGCAGAGUUUGUGGCGGAGAUGUGAGCUGUGUUCCUUAGCCUGUGCUAUAGAGAUGGAGAAAGAAGCCUACAUAGUUGCUGUGGUCUCUGGCUGAGCCUCUGCCUACCGCCUCGCUGUGGCUGACAUAAUGGCACUGGGUGCGGGAGGGGGUGUGAUAAUAUUAGCUUAAG